CCGGCCCCGCCCCGCGCGCGGAGCCGCCAUUGCGGGUUGUUUGUGCGGGCGCGCAGCGAGCGCGGGCGGGAGGCGGCGCCGCGGCUCCGCCAUGUCCACCCCGGCGCGCCGCCGCCUGAUGCGCGACUUCAAGAGAUUGCAAGAAGACCCUCCUGUGGGUGUCAGUGGUGCACCAUCUGAGAAUAACAUAAUGCAAUGGAAUGCAGUUAUAUUUGGGCCAGAAGGGACACCUUUUGAAGAUGGUACUUUUAAACUAGUAAUAGAAUUUUCUGAAGAAUAUCCAAAUAAACCUCCAACUGUUAGGUUUUUAUCAAAAAUGUUCCAUCCAAAUGUGUAUGCAGAUGGCAGCAUAUGUUUAGAUAUUCUUCAGAAUCGCUGGAGUCCAACAUAUGAUGUUUCAUCUAUUUUAACUUCAAUUCAGUCUCUGCUUGAUGAACCCAAUCCAAACAGUCCAGCAAACAGUCAGGCAGCACAACUUUACCAGGAGAACAAACGUGAAUAUGAGAAAAGAGUUUCAGCUAUUGUCGAACAAAGUUGGAAUGAUUCGUAACAGCUGCUGUGUUACUCUCCAUCCUCAUAAUCAUUAUGUACAAUUUAAUUCUCAAUAGAAAGGCUACCAGAAAUUUCAAGUGCCACAGUUCUAUGAAUUUGCAUAAAAACUCAUUUGCAAACAAAAUUAAGCCCUCCAGUUUAGGGGAAGCUAAAAGCUUGUGUAUCUCAAUUAACGUCCUUUUUAUUGCAUGGUAAGAACUAAGUUAUUGCUACAUAAAUUUGUAAUAUAUCCUGUUUGUAUUUUUUUUCCAAGUGUAUAAUGUUGGUGUGGAGUUUUCAUGACAGAAUAUACACAUUUUGUAAAUCUGUACUUUUUCAAAUAUUGAAUGCCUUAUUUUUGAAUUCUUUAGAUUUUUAAAUUGGAGAAAAGCACUUAAAAAGUUUUUAUAUAUGAAUAUUUCAUGUAAAACUGUUAAAUACAUAACCUUAGUGCAAGA